AAGUCAUGAAAAGUUGCUGAUGAUUUUGCCUCAAAAGGGCAUCAGUUUCAGCAGCGCGCAAAUUUGCGUAAAUGUUGGUUGGGGCCAAUUUUUGAAUUGUUGGCUUUAAUGUCAUGGCUGUUGUUGAAUGAAUAAAUAUACUUUCUGAUAAUGGAACUGCGCGAAACGGGAAUAAAACCAGAUCUAUUCAGAGAUAAAGAACUUGAAUUAGAACGAGCGCAAACACGCAACGAUGGUUUGAUCUAUUACCCGAUUUAUGCAAACUCAACCGAGUUGACCCGAGCUGGUAGCACAGCAAAUGAAGACUCAAUAAGUAAUGCUGACGGCUCCAUUCUUAGCUCUUAUAGUCGUGGGCGGGAUUUAUAUACGGUCAAAAUAGGAAUCAAACCCGCGUGCGAUUAUGAACUGAUUUCCGAUAUUGGAGAGGCAAAGCAGAAAUUAUUAUUCAACCUCAUAGAAUCAUUUUCUUCAUUAAACUGCGUGGGUAGUGUACAGUUUAUUAACUCAUCUUUCCAAAGCCUUCCUGUUGCAGGGGAAACACACACAAAAGAUACAGCCCCGAGCACUACAUCCGUUUUACAACGCAAAGACUAUACAUUGAUAGGAGAUUUAGAAUCCUCCUUCACUGCCUCCGUUGUUCAUUUUGUCCUUCAAUUUCAAGAGCCCAACAACGAAAGCGGAGAGUUUUCAGAGCCAAAUAAUUACUUAUCUUCUGCCCCGCAUUUCCGAUUAGAAAUGGACUGUUCUCCUCUUAUUGACGAAGCAGCCGAAGCGUCCGGCUUCACGGCCACAAUGGCCGAGUCUCCUAAAUCGGUGAAAAAGUUGAGCUUCGAAAUCAACGGAAUGAAUUGCAAGAAAUGCGUGAACAAAAUCAUUUCAGCUACUCAAAGCAUGAAAGGUGUUCAGUCGGUAAAGAUCAACCUGAACGAAAAAUGCGGCUCGUUUUUUGUCAGUCCAGAUAUAUCUGAGGACGAAAUAAUCAAUGCCUUACGAAUUUUGGAUUUCGAAGUUAAGUCUUUGGAGCCGGUCGGUAACUUCAAACUGGCGACAAUCCAUCUAGCAGUUAUUGGGAUGAAGUGUGGAAAGUGUGAAAGAAAAGUGGCAUUGGCGUUGUCUGCUCUACCCGGGCUAACUAGAGUAGAAGUGUCGCAGCCUAACUCAAGUGCUUCAGUCUCGUUCGAUGCAACAAGCCUUGACGAUAAAGAAAUUGUGCAAGUUGUCACCCACCUCGGAUAUACAGCUGAGCUUCUCAAGCCAUUCGCGGCACAUGAUGAAGGCAAAGCUGAAGACUCUGAAGAUUCAUUCUUAGCCAGUGCUUCUAUGAGUGGAGAUACAUUUCCUACAAACGUACCUCCGCCAGCAAUGUGGAAGAGAUGUGUAGUUUCUGUUGCAGAAAUAUCUUUUGGGAAUCAAAACGAGAUAAAAAAGGCUAUUGGAGAAGCCUUGAGACAGAAAAAGGGUGUCGACUUUUUCAAAAUUGACACGGAUUCCAAAAGCAUUGAAGUAGUCUUCGAUGGAAACCAAAUCAAGUGUGCCCGAUGUAUAUGCAAAGCCGUAUCUGACACAGGGUACAAAGCAGAAGUGAAAGAAGCAGCUCAAGUGGUUGAAAGUUACAAGCCGGUGACCAGUGAGUUGAUCCUAGCUGGAUCUCCAGGAGCUGUAGGUGAUGUAAGAGUGGGAGAAUCCCUGACGUUCGCAGGUGGAGACUCCUGUAGAAACAUGGUCAAAGAUGUGAAGAUACGGCGGCCGAGUAAGACUACUUUGGAUGACGGAGACGUGAUUGCAGCAGCUCAGUUUGAAAGAGUUUUGUUCAUUUCCGGAAUGACCUGCCACUCUUGUGUCACUGCCAUAGAAAGCAAAGCGAAGUCACUACCAGGAAUAACUAGCGCUAAGGUCAGCCUAAUGGAAGAGAAGGGAUACUUUGUGUACAACUCAGAAAGUACUAAAUUGAAUUCUAUAAUAGAGUGCAUCAAAGAACUAGGAUUUGACGUUUCCCAGCAGCCGUUUCCUCAAAGUACAAAUGAUGCGAAAUCCGAAAAGGAGAAGAAAUCUAAGGUGAAGCAAAAUGACGCUAAAAACGAGCAGCAGAUUGUAAUUGAAGACAUGGAAGGAUCUUCGGGCUUCGUAAGCGUCACAAUAGCCAUAAAAGGAAUGUCUUGCUCGAGUUGCGUCGCCAAAAUCGAAGGGGAUAUUCAAAAAUUGGAUGGAGUGAAAAGUGUUUCGGUGUCACUCAUAGGAGAAAAAGGUGCGAUCGUUUUUGAUCCAGUCAUGAUAUCAGUUGAUGGAAUUGUUACUGUGGUUAAGGCUCUGGGCUAUGAUUGCCAAAUAUUAGAAACCAGAUCAGGCCAGAAGUCCAUGAGCUCCAUUGAGUUCUAUGUCAAUGGCCAUGUAAACGAAGCAAGUUGGAAAGAACUGCAAGAUCAGCUGCUGAACAUGGAAGGUGUCGAGAAGUGUCUAAUAGACACGGCGUUGUCAGCUAUCAAUGUUACAUAUCAAAAUGAUAAAACCAGUGCCCGAAGGAUCCUCGAACGGAUUAACUCGCUGGGCUACUCGGCUCAUCUCAAGAAACAAAAAGACUCCUUCGAUCACUCCGGUACAAUUUACAAAUGGAGAAGGUCUUUCUUCCUCUCUCUCCUCUUUGCAAUUCCAACUAUGGCAAUAAUGUUCUCAAUGAACUUUGUGAUGAUAGACUUCAUGAUCAUGCCUGGUCUGUCACUAAUGAACCUGCUGAUGUUUCUCUUUGCUGUUCCGGUUCAAUUUUACGCUGGAAUGCCAAUAUACCAAACCGCCUGGAGUGCGUUGAGACAUCGAACUACUAACAUGGACGUGUUAAUCGCACUUGCCACAUGGGUUUCAUUCAUAUACUCGUGCGUCAUUGUGUUUUUCGCUAUGGCACUGAGUCUUCCCGCCAGUCCCAUGACUUUUUUCGAGUCCUCUGCGAUGUUGAUGACAUUUGUGUCUCUCGGGCGGUGGCUGGAGUCCAUAGCGAGAGGCAAGACCUCGGACGCCUUGUCAAAACUUAUUUCGCUGCAGCCUCUGGAAGCGGUUGUGGUGAAACGAGCGGAAGACGGAACGGUGUCCAAUGAAGUUGCGAUGGAGGUUGAGCUAGUGGAGAAAAAUGACAUCUUGAAAGUAGUGCCAGGUGCCAAAGUUCCAGUGGAUGGGGUUUUGAUUGAUGGAAGCUCCUCUGUGGACGAAUCCAUGGUCACGGGGGAACCGAUGCCAGUAAGCAAAAAGCCAGGCAGCAGAGUGAUCGGAAGCACGGUGAACCAACAUGGCUGCUUCCUCAUGCAAGCCACGCACGUGGGAUCGGAGACGACCCUGAACCAAAUUGUGAAGCUGAUUGAAGAAGCGCAGACAUCAAAGGCGCCCAUUCAGAGAAGAGCAGACAUUCUGGCUGGGUACUUUGUGCCGAUAGUUGUGAUACUCUCCUGCUCCACGCUCAUUUUCUGGAUUGUGUACGGCUUCAUGAGUGACUUCCACGCCUCCAUGGGCAAAAUGGGAGACGGGGACAAGGAGGGGACGACUAAGCAGGUUUUCGGCCAGACGGAGCACGUGAUCGAGUUCGCUUUCAGAUGUGCGAUAUCGGUGUUGUCUAUUGCAUGCCCGUGUGCCUUGGGUCUAGCAACACCAACAGCUGUCAUGGUUGGAACUGGAGUGGGAGCUCUGAAUGGAAUCCUGAUCAAAGGCGGUGAACCCCUGGAAACUAUGAAAAACCUGAAGCGCAUCUGCUUUGACAAGACAGGCACAAUCACAGUAGGCACACCCAAGGUCACUUCUGUCAAAAUAGUCCACUCCUCGAAAGAGCACAGAGUGAAUUUUACGGCGAAGAGUCUGAUGGCUUUAGUGGCUAGUUUAGAGAGCAAUAGUGAACACAUUCUGGCCAAAAGUAUCGUGGACUAUGGCAAGAAGCUGCUGAAUGUCGACAGUCUGGCAGCAGUUGAAAGUUUCAAGGCUGCACCUGGCUACGGAAUCAGUGGUGUGGUGAAGAACCCCUACUCCAUCCUGAGAGAGAGCAGACGAUCGACAGGGGCAGGGGGCAAGGAGACGAGUGCGGUGGAGGCGGACACCCUGUGCAAUGAGUCAUCAGACUACGGCAGUGGAUUGUCCAAUUCGCACGGCGGAGACGCUGGUCAUAACGGCAUCAAACCCGACCAGAACUAUAGAGUGCUUGUGGGUAACCAGAAGUGGAUGAGAGAGAACGACCUAUUUGUGAGUGACCAUCUUAGCCAGAUAGUCGAGAAGUAUGAGUGCAGACAAGAGACAGCUGUUCUGGUGGCAGUGGACAGCCAAAUCACAGCUGUCAUCUCAAUAUCAGACCCCAUUAAGCCAGAAGCGAGGACAGCUGUUAUGGCUCUGAAGAAAAUGGGAGUUGAUGUGUACCUGCUGUCAGGAGACAACAGACGAACUGUUGAAUCAGUGGCAGAAGCGGUCGGAAUAGGGAAGAAAUGUUUCAGCGAAGUGUUGCCGUCGCAUAAGCUGAAGAAAAUUGAACAUCUCCAGAAAGGUGUUGGGUAUAGGAUGUAUGUCGGAAUGGUCGGAGAUGGCAUCAAUGAUUCUCCGGCUCUUGCCAAAGCGGAUAUUGGAAUUGCGAUUGGGAGUGGUACCGAUGUUGCGAUGGAAAGCGCGUCUGUCAUUCUGAUUAGAAACGACUUGACUGACGUUGCGACCGCAAUCGACCUCUCCCGUACUACCGUGAACCGAAUCUACCUCAACUUUGUCCUCGCGAUGGUGUAUAACAUGGUGGGAAUUCCGAUCGCAGGCGGAGCUCUGGUCCAUUUUGGAAUCGUCUUGAAACCGUGGAUGGCGUCGGGAGCUAUGGCGAUGUCUUCAGUGUGCGUCGUGUGCUCGUCUUUGAUGCUGAAAGUGUACAGGAAGCCGGAUUUCUCCGGAAGCGCCGGUGGCGGAUCAGAUGAGAAGACUGUGCAUGGAAAUGGAGUGUUCAGAUAUGCUUCCAAGAGCAGUAUGAUCCAAUACAUUUCAUCAAAUGAAAGUGAGCAGCGGUUGUUGGCCACUGAUGACGUUGACAAUGACUCUGAUAUGCUGUAGAUAGUUCUCACUUCUCCCUUUGGAUGCUUUUGGAAACCAUCCUAUGCUUGGUUGGAUUAGCUUUAAGUGAGCCAAGAUAGACUCCUCUGUGAAUGAUGCAUGUUUAUGUGACUACUUCUGCUUGAGAAAGGCUGGAAUCCUUAAUAAUGAACAACUUAAUUUACAUUUUAUGUUGGCCUCUGUCGGUGCUGAUUUUUGAAAAAAGACAUGAGCUGCAAUUUCAGGAUUUCAAAAAUGAUUGGAACUUCUUCCUAUUUGGCUAAUAUUUGAAUAUCAAAUCAGCACUAACUAAUAUAUAUAAAUGAAUUUCAAAUGCUUGAAUCUAAAACAGUAGUUUAGCUAUAAUUUUGUCAUGCUUUUUUGAGUCGCUGUUCCUGUGAGAGAUUUUGUUAUUUAGAGCAGAUUCAAGAGAAUAAAAUGAUCAAACAAAGAAGUGGUCGUUCUGAAAGCUACAAAAAUUCAAAUUCUUUAUGGAAACUGCACUCAAAUAUUGUUCCAUUUUCCUGCAUUAGAUGUUUUUAUACCCAGUUGUAAUUCAAUUU